CUCCUCGCCUCCCCAACUCCCAGCCAAGGCGCGCGGUGGCGUCCUCGCGCCCUCGCCGGCGCCCCCGCCCGUCGCCCGCGCAGGCCAGGCAUGAACGCUGAGACUUGCGUCUCUUACUGCGAGUCGCCGGCCGCUGCCAUGGACGCCUAUUACAGCCCGGUGCCGCAGAGCCGGGAAGGUUCGUCGCCUUUUAGGGGAUUCCCAGGAGGCGACAAGUUCGGUACAACUUUUCUGUCGGCCUCUGCCAAAGGACAGGGAUUCGGGGACGCCAAGAACCGGGCCCGCUACGGCGCGGGGCAGCAGGACCUGGCGGCACCGCUGGAGAGCAGCGCCGGGGCGCGGGGCUCCUUUAACAAGUUCCAGCCGCAGCCACCCACUCCGCAGCCGCCGCCUGCUCCGCCCGCGCCGCCGGCGCAUCUCUACUUGCAGCGGGGCGCCUGCAAAACACCCCCGGACGGCAGCCUCAAGCUUCAGGAAAGCAGCAGUGGCCACAACGCGGCCUUGCAGGUUCCCUGCUACGCCAAAGAGAGCAACCUGGGCGAGCCAGAGUUGCCCCCCGACUCGGAACCCGUGGGCAUGGACAACAGCUACCUCAGUGUGAAGGAGACAGGGACCAAGGGGCCCCAGGACCGGGCAAGUGCUGACAUCCCCAGCCCCCUGGAAAAGACCGACUCGGAGAGCAACAAAGGCAAGAAGCGGCGGAACCGCACCACCUUCACCAGUUACCAGCUGGAGGAGCUGGAGAAAGUCUUCCAGAAGACACACUACCCCGAUGUGUAUGCGCGCGAGCAACUGGCUAUGAGGACCGAUCUCACCGAGGCCCGUGUACAGGUUUGGUUCCAGAACCGGAGGGCCAAGUGGCGGAAGAGGGAGCGCUUUGGGCAGAUGCAGCAGGUCCGGACCCAUUUCUCCACGGCCUAUGAGCUGCCCCUCCUCACUCGAGCGGAGAACUAUGCCCAGAUUCAGAACCCGUCCUGGAUUGGCAACAAUGGGGCUGCCUCGCCCGUGCCAGCCUGUGUGGUCCCCUGCGACCCGGUGCCUGCCUGCAUGUCCCCUCAUGCUCACCCUCCUGGCUCUGGGGCCAGCAGCGUCUCCGACUUCCUGAGUGUCUCCGGGGCUGGCAGUCACGUGGGCCAGACACACAUGGGCAGCCUGUUUGGAGCGGCUGGCCUCAGUCCGAGCCUCAACGGCUACGAGAUGAACGGCGAGCCAGACCGCAAGACCUCGAGCAUCGCUGCCCUGCGCAUGAAGGCCAAGGAACACAGCGCGGCCAUCUCUUGGGCCACAUGACAGGGCCCCUCCUGCCAGUCCUGAUGCCGUGCUCCUUCCUCCCUGGGGCCUUGGCCACGUCCCUGCUUUCCAGGCCCCAAGCUUCCCACUUGACUCUCCUCUUAGGAACCCGGCCUGGCCCAGGGGCCUGGCCCUCAGCACUUUCAGUCACCCCAAGUCUGAGGCCCCAGGGACUGCUGGGAGGGAGGGGGUGGCAGGCCCUUGUCCCUCCCUAGCACUGAGGCCUUGAGCCCUGCUCCCUGCCAAAGGCAGUGCAGAAAGCCAGGUGGCUCUGUGUGUAGCUUUGCAUCACGUAAGCUGCGGCCCUCUCUCUUCGGGUUCCUUCACCCUUCCAUUUGACUUGAGUCGAAGUUAGGCUCCCCUCCAGACCUAACAGCGGUCCAGCCUUGUCCAACCGUCCUUUCUUCCUAUGUGGUCCCCUGGUCAUUGGGCCUAUGGCUGUGUGUCUUAAGGAACAAGCUGCCUUGCGAGUCAGCUCCUGACCCCUUCUGCCCCCAACCCCCAUGAAAGCACAUGGAACCCCACCUUCUUUAUCCAAGGCAUCUGAUCAUCUAUCCAUCCAAGGGACCUUGUGGCUGUGGCUUGACUGUCCCCUGUGAUGGAUGCACCUGGGAAAAGUGGGAGGCGAGAUGAGGGGACAGAACUGAAGGAUGCUGUUGCUGUCCACCCAUAAGGAUGACCAAGCUCCAAGGAGAUGUGGGCCAGCCUUUGAUCCUGAAACUGGUUCUGGUUGACACUGUGGGGGGUGGGGUGCCAUGUGAGAGGGGAGGCAAGGACGCAGAUUCACCGCCACCACCACUGCUACCACCACACAUGACCAUCAGGAGCCAGAGAAGCUCUCAGAAUGACCACAAGGAGGAUCCAGUGGGCUGAACCUGGGUACCACCUGGCAUCUUCUGCAGUGGGGAGGUCCCUUGGUCAGCACUGGAGCCUCCUCAGGCCCCCUCUGGCCCCUCAUUGGGGCUGCUGAGCCGUGUCCUGGUCUGGAAGAAUUUAAACUUUGGAAGACAUAAGCUAGAGCACAGGGCCACGGCUGAAGGGCUCUGGAACAGAGGACAUGUGACCAGCUCAGCCUCCUGCCAGAAUGGCCUUUCUAUGCUCAGACUAACAAUGUCCAUCCACCCACCAUCCUACCACAGCAUGACACCUGCCGGAGCUUUCCACACAGGGUAGGUGGACAUCGGUGCCCCUCUAGGCUAAAAGGAGAGCUGCUUUCCAGCUGCCCUCCACACCCUCUUAGAGAGCCAAUCUUACUUCUUCCCCAGGGGCCAUGGUCUCUGCCUCAGCUGGCCUCAGGAAAGACUCACAUCAAGGCCCACUCUCUGUGGCAGGAAGUCCUCCUGAAGUCAGUCCCCCAUCUGAAGGAAGGGGAUCCCUGUCUACCUGACUUGACCUGGAGCUAGGAACUAGGAUUUGAAGUGGUCCCAGCCCUCACCUGAGCUGGAGCACAGAGCCACCCUUGAGGUAGGUCCCUCAAGCAGGUGGCCUUUUCCUGAGGAGACACACUUGCCUUUUCUACCUUUCUGCCUUGACUAUUGUCUGUGAGGUGGGCUGGGCCCACUAGGCCCAGGGUUCUGCUCACUGAUUGGUCUCUCAGGUUGGGCUGAGGACUGAGGACCCCUGCCUUAGAUCUGCCCUAGGUCUCAGUGGGUUCGAGGGAACCACAAACCCCUGUUGUGUGCCCUUGUCGGCUCUGGAACGUAGACAGAGUAAGCUCUCAGUAGAAUGUAGACUCUGGGUUGGCCACCUCUUCAGAAACUGUAGUUCUCCAAUAGACCUUAGGAAGACAAAGGAGGCCUUGGGUAUUGAAUUCAGUGUUCCUGGUGGCUUGGCUUUAAUGUUUCAGAUGUUUGGGGAACAAGUUCUCCAGUUCUGGAGUGACUGAAAUAACUCCCUCCCUCAGAAUCUAGCAAGAGAAGGAAGAACUUAAGGGCAGGAGCAAUUCCUUGGGGUUCUUCCUCAUGGCUGUCAUGGCUGGGGCAGGGCAAGUGGGGAAAUGUGUCCAUACCCUAGAUAAUCAGUACAAAGAGUGAAGAACCAGAACAGCUCAGGAAGAAGGGAGAGUGAGCUUCUGGUAGAUUCUUCUGGAAAGGAGUGACAUAUAACUUCUUUAGGUUUUAUUCCUGGCCAGGCUAGACCCAAGUCAGGCAAAUUCCAACCCAUAAGCUUGAGAAUAAAAAAGUAUAUAGCAAUAGCAGAUUGCUCUCCACCACAGUCAAGAAUUGACAUACCUCCCAUCAUCUCUCCAGAUGGAGCAAUUUUUACCUAGGCUGUUUCUGGAGGGCCUUGGCAUCAGAUGGUUCCUAGGGCAGCAGGAGAUGCUCUGAGCUCCCACGGGGCCUCCAUCAUGUCUCACAUCUCCUCAGCUGCCCAGGUCCCCUGAAGAGAACUGUGGGGUCCUGUUGUCCCUAGUGGGUCUGUCUUAGCCCCUGGGAUGCCCUAAAGUAACAAAGGCCUCCAUGGCAACCUAGCUUCCUAAUGAGCCAGAUCUUCCAAAGGCACAGCUGUAGAGAGAAGACUACCUGCUGGGUGGUCACUUGCUGGACAAGCAAACUGAGUGAGCUGAGUAAGCCAGCCUUGCCUGCCAGCACACAGUAAGCGGCCACAUCCAGUCCUGGCAGCCUGGUGUAUCACAGAGAGCGGUUACGCCUGUCUCAACCCAUCUCCCCAGGAGCCCCUUCCUUUCACAGUGUGGGGGCCAAGACUCUGGGGCAAACAGAAAUGUCUCCAAAUUUUUCUUUUUCUUUUAGUUUUUUUUUUUUUUUUUUUUUAAUUCUUCCUGAUUCUGUUCUCACAACCAUGCCUCUACCUUUGGGAAGCAGGAUGGGUGAAGAUUUAGGCAAAGAGGCAGCAAGAUCCAGGGCUUCCCCAGCACACACUGCCAUGCUCAUGUUGGACACAGCUCUGAUGCCUCAUCUCCCUGAGGAGACAGGAAGGAUUCCAUGGAAACCGCCAUGUGCCCUUUACACAGUCAAUUGCCUCUGGGAUAGCCUUGGGCAGAUCAUCUCUGGGGACUCAGAAGAAACCAAGGCCCCAGGUCCAUGGGAAUGACCCUGACUGUCAGGUAGGGAGACACACAGACCCAGGAGAGGGAGAGUGGCAGUCAGCCUCGCCCCCAGGGUGCUAACCAAUAACCAUACAAUUUCAAACCAGGACAAGCUUCCAUUUCUUUCCCUCAGCCCUCCUUCACUGCAAGGAUGCCCUAGGGAGGAAUUCCCACCAGACAGUACUUCCCAGCCUUCCCUCUCCUUUCUUCACCCUUCACUCACACAUAGAGCUAGGCCUGUAUACUACUGAUUUUGGAGGACCGUUUUCAGUGUCUAAUAACCUGUUUGGGUGUGCAGUGGUCAGAAAAAAAAAAGAGAGAGAGAGAGAAAGAGAAAACUGAGUAAGAGAUGGAACAUGAACCUCAACCAAAACUCGCUGUUCUUGUAAGAUAUUUUAACCCUGUAUAAAUGCAACUUUUUCUUUAGCUUAAUGGCCUGGGGUGGAACAUUCAAAUAUAUAUAAAUAUAUAUAUAGAUAUAUAAAAUACAUUAAAAUUUCAGAAAAACGUAAAAAAAAAAAAUUGAGGUCCGUUCCAUAAAGUUUUACUGCCUAUACCACCAUGUAACUACAUUAUAGCAAAAUAUUAAAAGGAGCAUUCUUUUCUUUUAAAGUAAGUUAUUGCACUUACAUCUUUUGGAGAGGGGAGGAAUGUGGGAAGAAGGGGGCUGAGGGGCUGGGGUGGGCGGAAUGCAAGGCAGAGGCAGCUGACGCUCCCAGCAGCCGCCUCGUCGGGCGCAGCCCAGACUGUCUGUUUGGUUGUUGUUGUUGUUUGCAAUAAACUCCUUCCUCCUCUCGA